GAGCCGCGAGACAGCGCCACUCUCUUGCAUAAGACUCCGUGAACACCCACUCGUGCGGCUGCGACGCGGUUUCACCCAAAUAACCCUCAGCGAACAACCAGAGUCGCGGGCCGCCGCAGUUACGACGCCGCCCGUGCCGCCGGGGCAGCCGCCAUGGACGAGGGCCUCCUGCACAAGAAGCUGCGGACCCUGGAGCAGCAGCGCGCCCAGAGCGACGACCUCAACGCCCUGCUCACGCGCGAGGGCGGCCUGAACGAGUCCCAGUACAUGACCUGCAAGAACCUCAAGGCGGCCGUCGCCGUCUCGAAGCAGCCCGGGUUCUUCGAGUACCACAAGCAUAGCGCGGAGGUCCAGCGCGCCUACGAUCGGAAGACGUGCAACCAGAUGGUGAAGAAGAUCGCGCGGACGCAGCAGGACCUCGACGCCAUCGAGGAGGACAUCCGCGCGCGCGAGGCCGCGCGGCUCAAGUCGCUCGAGCUGCGCGACCCGACGCUCACGUCCUUCGACCAGUGGUUCCAGCAGUUCGGGCGGCCCCAGAACAUGCCCCAGCGCUUCUACUCGACCUUCGACGACAACAAGAAGAUCUACGGCGGGACGCACCACCACCGCGCGUUCCGGUCGAACGCGCGGACGAUGAAGCUCGGGAGCGGGCUUAAGUAGCUUUAAUUU